AUGGCUGCCGACGCCUGCCCCGUCGACCACAAAAGCCGCGAAGCCUGGCUCGAGCAGGCCAGGGCCGCGGAAGCCUCCAAGGCCGCCGCCGCCGCCUCCUCCUCCUCCUCUGCAAAGCAAUGCCCCGUCGAUCACACUGCUCAAGCGCCCUCGUCUUGGGGUGCGCGUCUAUCCUCUCUCCUCUGGUCAUCGCCGUCGCCACCCGCCGCUCCCGUAGCGCAGCCCAGCCGCUCCGCUCCUGGCCUCGACAUCGACCGCGUAGUCUCCACGAUCCCGCGUGUCGCCUCCAGUGACGCCUCCUCCUCCUCCUCCUCCUCGCCAUGCCCCGUGGAGCACGGUGCGUCGGCCAACCCCGCCAACAGCGAGCUCGAGUCCGGCGCCGACGCCGCCUCCGGAAACUGGGUGUACCCCUCGGAGAAGAUGUUCUUCGACGCCAUGCGCCGCAAGGGCUACGACGCCCGCGUCGCUGACAUGAAGACCGUCGUACCCAUCCACAACGCCGUCAACGAGCGCGCCUGGAAGGAGAUCAAAGAGUGGGAGGCCCCCUACCUCGCCCAGUCCCAAUGCGGCGGACCACGACUCGAAUCCUUUGCCAACAAGAACGACCGAAUGACGCCCACGGCGCGCCUCAACACCAUCCUCGGCUUCACGGCGCCGUUUGACCGCCACGACUGGGUCAUUGACCGCUGCGGCACGCGGGUCGAGUAUGUCAUUGACUUUUACGCCGGUCGCCCGGGCGGCGCGGGCGCGGCGCCGGGGCCCAGCUUCUACCUGGACGUCCGGCCAAAGCUCAACACCUGGGAGGGCGUCAAGAUGCGCGCCAUGCGCUGGGCGCACCUGGCCUGA